AUGAAUCUUGUUGAGGCCGAAGAUGAUGGUGUUGGAGGUGAAGAACAAAACGAGGUUUCUGAAUCUGAAGCAGAAGGGACGGAGAAGAAGAGUAGUAGGAAAAGAGGUCCGGACAGGAACACUGAUACUGCUUCUAAAUCUCAAGAGAAGAAAAAUAGGCCAUGUGUUCGUCAGAAGCAGGCUGUUUCUAUAGAAGAAGAAAGGGAAAUGACGAUUAUUGUUGUCUUGUCAAGUGAUGAUGAAAGUGAGUCCCCAGAAGAAGCAGAAGAAGGAAUGGCUGAUACUCACACUGCUCUUAGAACUCCUGAUGGAGAUGGGAACGGUACCAAUAAACUAAUAAACAACAAAGAGGACAAAAAAGAGAAGUGGAAGCGCAACAUAAGUACUAGGAAUGAUGGUAUCAAUCAUGCCGAUAUAUUCAAUCAUCAGGAUGAUGUUGGAGAGAAUGGAGGGAAGAAGAAACACAUGCAGUCGGCUCCGCAGAUAGAAAAGACUGGUGAAGAAGAUCAAGAUAAGAGAAGCCAGGCAGAUAUCAACUCAAGCAGUAAGGAUGGACCAAAGCCAAAGUAUUAUGCCAAGAACAUGGUUCGUGAUAAAAAUGUAAUAUUCUGA